CGCUUUUCCUUUGUCGAGAACGCUUUGCGCACCCUACAAUGGCGAUUGACGCGCCGGACGAUGCGAAUUCGCGGCCACCGAGCCCUCCGCCACUUUCGCGAACCGAUACGCCGAGCAGUGGAAUGGGAUUCUUCUCCUUACCUUUCGAGCGCUUUGUUCGCGAUGAGGCGUCGGAUUGGGCUAGUGCAUUUACUCUGCUAGAUACUAUGGAGACAUUCUUCGACUCCCGAAUCGACUUAUUGCAGCGGAGGCUAUCGAAACAGACCGACAAACUGAAGAUGAAGGCGGAGGAGGCGUUCCGACUUGGAGACUUCAAGAUUAGGUCUCCUUCUGGUGACGCGUUGUCUAAGGACUUUGAGCGGGAAGUAGGCAAGUUCAAGCUCAAGAUUCAGACGCGUAUGACGUCUCUGGCAGCUGCUUGGCAAUCUGCCAAAGUGGUCCGGACGCGGGAGAAGAUAUCGUUCUUCUUUGGCGUGCAUUCCCUUCUUGCGUCGGCAUUGUUGUAUGGGAUGGCACCCGAAUGGGUCCAUAUAUCCUAUACACUGCAAGCCCUCUAUCUGCUUCCUUUACGUGCCUACAGGUACAAGAAACGCGCGUGGCAUUACUUCCUCUUCGACCUUUGUUACUAUUCGACUAUCCUCAACUUCCUCUACAUUUGGGUGUUCCCAUCAAGUCCAUCGUUGUUUACGGCUUGUUAUUGCCUCAGCCACGGCUCCCUGGCCAGUGCAGUAAUCACUUGGAGGAAUAGUCUUGUGUUCCACGACUCCGACAAAGUCACGUCACUUUUUAUACAUAUCUAUGCGCCUUUCACAUUUACUGUCAUUCGACAUUUCUAUCCGAAUGCCGAAGCGCGAUUCCCAGCUCUCAAAGAGCUGCCACAUCUGCAACCUGCCAAAGCUCUUUUCCUCAGUGGCUUAAUCUAUGUCAUCUGGCAACUGCUAUAUUGGAAGUUUGUCCUGAUUGACCGUAGAAAGAAGAUCGAAUCUGGUCAACGCACGACUUCUUUCUCCUUCCUCCUGAACGACAAGCGAGGCGUCAUUGGACGCGCACUCUCGAAAAUACAGCCGCAGUAUCGGGAGGCUGCGUUCAUGUUUGGUCAGCUGGUGUAUGCCGUCUUAACCGAGCUCCCUGCCGUAUUCCUGCUAUAUGAUAGCCCAAGGUGGAGCAAUAUCUUCCUGUUGUUCAUCUUUGCAGUCAGUGUGUGGAAUGGUGGAGGAUUCUACAUUGAGGUAUUCGGUCGCAAAUUCGAACGUGAACUCGAAGCCCUCAGGAAAGAGCUUGCAGAGGCUCAGAGUCGAUCGGGUCGAUCAAGUCCUACGAAUGGGCUGGACCAUGACGACCUUGAAUCCGAAGCUAGCUCACCGAAGCUUCGUCCUCGGGAGAUGACCCCCGUUACGUCCACCCUAAUCGGAGUUGGCCUGAACGGCAACGGCGAGUCGCAGUCUACGCCCGAUUUACACGACGGCGUUAUGGUCCAGGAGAAAAAGAAGGACCGAUGAAUGGAUGACCCAAACCCACCGCAUGCCGAAGAAGACUGUAUUCCCUGUGUCACGACUUGUUUACGACCCCGUUCUCAGCUUGUUUACCCUGUUUCUCGUUUGUUGUCUGUCUCCUCGGCUAUAUGACUCCGCAUAUCACGUAAGUAUAUUCUAUCUGUCUUAUAUUCCCAUCAUACACGGCCAGACGCACAUCCCUAUGUUAUUUUAUCGCGGUUUGUGGUACUAGCUCUCAAAGGUGGAUUUUACGACGAGGCCCGUUGCCUGACCUAGUAGAUAGAUAUCUUAAGUACGCAUGUAUUAUGACGACUACUUGUAUCUCUGUAUUCGAUUCCAGACUCAUGAUACCGUGCCUCCAUAGCUUCCGU